CAUGGUUCAAAAGAAAAUGAUCUACUACUUAUAUUUAACAACAUAUGCUGAAUAAAACAAAGAAAUAGCCUUAAUGGCAAUAAGCACAUUUUAAAAAGAUUGUAAAUACAAUGAUCCUAAGUUUAGAAAUCUUUAUUUAUUAAGAUUUAGAGGCGUAAAUGAGUAUUUAAUGCUUGCAAUAAAAGAAGCCCUUUUGGAUAUUGAUCAAUAUGUAAAAAAAAUAGCAAUAAUUUGA